AUGAAAAUUGCUGAGGAUCAUUGUGCUCAUGUAGGUCUACAAUCGGCAGUUAUAUAUAAACACUCAAAUGAAGUGAUCAAACGAUGCAUCAGAUUUGAGAAAUGGAAAGCCAGCAAUGCAAGGAACCUUUGUUGCAGUCAGCUUAGCAAUGUUUGCACUGGUGUUAGUUGGAAGGGCAGCAUUGUGUACCCACUAGCAAACUUCAUGAACUGUACUAAGAUACAGGAUGAUUCGAAUAUCGAGUUCCCACAACAGUUUGUAAUGUGGUGGGCGGGCCUCAUGAGAGGUGCUGUCACUAUUGCACUGUCUUACAACCAGUUUUUUUCGAAUUCUGAGAAUGAAAAUACCGAAGAUUCUGCAUUGAUGAUCACUUGUACCAUGAUUCUAGUCAUGUUUAGCACAGUGUUGAUGGGUUCGAUAACAAAACCAUUGAUCGAAGCAUUAGCGCUAUUAAGACAUGCGAGACAAAAUGUUUCAGACGCUACUGAUAUUUCCAGCCUCGAAGACUUGAGAAUUCUGUUGAUUGAAAGUGGUGCACCAAGUGACAUGUUGGAGAAUCAAUUGGCUGCGGCAUCCCGUAGAAGUAGUACAGUUCAUCACUUGUGGAGGAAAUUCGAUGACAGAUUCAUGAGACCGGUUUUCGGUGGAAGGGAGUCUGUUCCAUUUGUGCCUGGUUCACCCACUGGUGCAGCUGAUGAAACUUCAGGAACCUGA